CAUGGCUCCAGUGAGCACCGUGUACCUGGCGUUGUCGUCGCUCUUGCUUCUGCUGCUGCUGCUGCUGCUACCUGGACGCUACGAAGCUGUCCCGUUUGCCCCGACAUACAUCGACUGGAGCAGCUUCACCUGUAGCCAGCUGAAUGAAGAGAACACGGACCAGCUCGACGGAUGCCGUUUCACCGAUGUUAGCCCCGGGCAAGAAGAGGUCACCUGCAAGAUUGUUGACAAAGAAAGAGAGAACGAUGCCAUUGUGACAACGUAUCGCAAAGUAAUGCUUAUCACAGAUAAAUUCCGCCUUUUGGGAAAUAUGCCUGAUCAACAAGACAACGUCUACUGUGCUUCACUUGAGUCAAUGAACAUGGAAAUACGGAGCGACAUCAUUGACGAGAUUCACACAGUAGGCGAUCUUUCCCAGAACUUCAUUAACUUCCUGUACUUUGUCAAGGAUGGUAGCUACAUCAGACUCGAAUUCACGAAGAAAAUUCCAUCAGCUAUUGUCACCGUUCAUCCCGACUGCAACGAUGCUGCAAGUAAGAAGAAAGGAGGGACACACUGCGUGAAGAGCGUCAGGUUCAUGAAGGAGAUCAAGCGAGGGACCUUCCACCUAAAAUUUCCCAGUGACGAAUUCUGGAUCUUUUUCAAACGGCGCUUCAUCUCUGAGCUCGGAGGAGAGAUGACGCGCAUGAAGCUGACUUCGUCGGGACAGCUCUCUGCCAUUUCAGUGGAGUUCUUAGCGGAACUCCUAUCCAGUGACGUCCACAUGAAGGAGCUGACAUUGGGCAGCAUGAAAGUUGGCAAUCUGGAUGGACCAGUGGUCACUAUGCCCACACUUGAGAUCCUGCGACUUCCAGAUGACGAGAUCAUCACAAUGAGUGAAGCCACUCUGCUGGCGGUGCCCAACAUCCUGCAGUUGGACGUCACGGGCAAUCAACUGCAGGAACUACCACAGCGGCUUCCUGAUAGACUGUUGGCCCUCAACGUUUCACGGAACCGUCUCGUGCACUUGCCCAGUGAGCUGCCUCAGUCCCUCACCAACCUCAACAUUUCCUACAACGCCAUUGAGGAGCUUCAAGAGACUUUGCCAGCUGCCCUGCUCAUAAUGGACACUUCCCACAAUGCCCUGCAGAAGCUCCCGCAAAGUCUUCCAACUGACCUUCAUCGGCUCGACGUAUCCCACAAUCGACUGCAGAUGCUACACACAGAUAUGCCGCCCAACCUGGAGAUUCUUCAGGUCGCCCAUAACCAGCUGACGACACUUGAGCCCCAGCUGCUGGCUACGCUUCAGCAUCUCCAGCUGCUGGACGUGUCUCACAACGCGCUCACUACAGUGGACGGCGUGUGGCUGUAUCACCAGCUGCCACUGCUCAACGUCUCCCAUAACAUUAUUCGGCACGUCAGUCUACUGGGACCAGGCAACGUGUCGCAUAUUGAUGCCUCGGAGAAUGACAUCGAGUCGUGGGAGGUCAACGCGGACCGCCUGUCGCUGGAGGGUAAUCCACGGGCCGCGCUGGGGCUCCAGAAGGACAGUACUACGAGCAGAGUGGCAGUCGUGGACCUGGGGAAGAGUAUGCCGCUCAACUGCGACCCUUGCACUGCGCAGAGUGCCGUGGCUCUGCAGCUGCGACGAUGGCUCCUGCGUCAGCAGAACAAUGACUUGCUAGAUGGACCCCGAGUGGAGCGGCCAACGGAGCCGCUGUGCACGGGCCCACAGGAGCAUGCGGGUCACGCCCUGCUGCUGGAGUCGGCGCUGGAGGACAGCUCCAACUGCCCGGGCUCGCCGCGGAACGUCGCGCUCUACCUGCUGCUUGCCGUCACCGUGCUGGCGCUCCUCGGCGGCAUCGGCGCCUUCUGCCACUUCCGCAGAUAUGAAAUAACGUACGUUAUCCACCUGAUGAAAAUGCGACGCGAGAGAAUGGCUGCCGAGAGGCGCAAUCCAGCCAGCUACAAGUACGACGCCUUCGUCUGUUAUAGCAGCGCGGACCGCGCCUGGGUGGUCGGAGAGCUGCUGCAGAAGCUGGAGCACGCCGGGGAAUCCCCUGAGGAGCUGGCGCUGCGACUCUGCCUCCACGAGAGGGACUUCCCGCUGGGCUCGCUGAUCGCGGACAACAUCGUGUCCUCCAUGCGCAACAGCCGCUCCACCGUCAUCGUUCUCUCGCAGGCGUUCAUCGACAGCCAGUGGUGCCGCUGGGAGCUGGAGUUGGCAUCUGUCAAGGUGUCGCACCUUGUGCUGCUGGAGCUGACGCGGCUGGACCGGGCGUGUCUGCCGCGCCACCUGCGCUACCUGAUGGACACCCGCACCUACCUUGAGUGGCCGCAGCAGCCCAAGCAGCAGGCCGUCAUGUGGCGCCGUCUGCGCGCGGCCCUGGCCACCCCUGCAGUAACCGCCGCAGUCGCAGAAGAGGGUGAGGCGGGGACCACUGACGCCAAUGAACAGGGCAGUCGCACUGCAGUCCAGGCGCGACCUACGGUACAUCAACACCCGUACUCCGCAAGCCACAUUACGGUGUUUGGACGACGAAACCACUGAUGCCACCACCGUUUUGUCACUUCUCUGCUGCAUUCGCGAACUGUGCAUGGGAAGAUUCAUCUGUCGAUGAAUGAGUUCUAAUUUCUGAGAUUUCUUUCGUCAUUUCCAGGGAUGUACAUGGGAGGAAAUAACAUGUUGUCCAACUUUUCCUUGAGCGCAAGCUCUAGUAAUUUCAUUUACAAUGUUCUGCAUCAUACAAAAGACCCCUCUUGUAGCGAGAGCCAACGUAGUUGGCAUCUCCGUGACACUCUCACGUUUGCUAGACGAUGCGCUCUUUGUCGGCUUCUGUCUCUUCCAUUAAUCUUCACCGAUAAAAAGCUUUAGACCAAUAACAAGUAGGGCAUUUUGUGGAUGAAUUACAUUUCCUUACGAUUGUUCCACUGAAUCUGAGAGUGGCACCCGCUUCCCUAAAUAUUAUUUUAUCUAGUCAUUCUCCUUCAGCUGGUUCAGGAUGGUUACUCACAGGUAUUUUACGAUUGUUACUGUUUCUGGUGAUUUUCCACCAAUAGCGUAAAAGAAUAGUAAUGGAUCUCUUUGCCCAUCCGCGCUCGUAUUUUGUACAUCGGCCAUGCCACCUUUGCCACCAGCUUCCAUAUAAAAGGCGCCUACUACCUUCAGGAGCCCCUAAGUGGCAACACCUUACAGCACUGUCUCUCUGAAGCCAAGCUUUAUAGUGAUGCGAGCAUGGAGGACUCUAGCUCAAGAACACAAGCAUCAGUAAGCAUAAUACUACGCGAAAUAGGUCAGUGACGGAAAACUGAAACAUAAAGAAGUCUGUUUCAUUUUUCACUAGAUCUCACUGGUACUGUAGUAAAAGUUAGUAAAAGUAAAAGUAUUAUGGCAUAAGUGGCUGGGAAACACCGAUGAGAAGGUUCAGUUUUCUAAUUGGACACGUUUUUCCAAUCCUUAGCACCCACAGACAAUUUUCCUGUGGGAAGUUUGAGAGCUAUGUGCUUUGCAAAUGUAUCUGUUAUGUGUGGUGACUGUAAGGGGUGUAUGUAUAAUGCAGUCUCAUGUUCCUGUUGGAGAUGAUGAGAGAAGGAAGAGUUUGAAACCUGUUGCCAGUAUGUAGCCUGUCGAAGAACACCAAGGGGGUCGCCAACCUUAAUGUCGCGAAACGUAAUGUCCCCAUCUGACACACGGGUCAGCAGCAACAGUUUCUCAAGUUGUUGCUUUAUAAGACAUUGCAGAGAGUUUUGUAAUUGAAUCCAGAAUACUGGAAGCAAGAUUGGCGAUAAGAGACUUCGGCCGGUCACCCCUGCUGCCCCUUCUGUCAUAAGGCCGAAGAGAAAGUCGUCAAGAGCAUGCGGUGUGGACCGAUGGUCACCCUGCCAAGUGUUGGCCAAACACUUAGGUGAUCUGAUGGGAACUGGUGCACCCAUCUCGGCAAGAACGUUGGUGAACAACGGAGAUAUUAACGUCUCCCGCCGUCCUCCCUCAUAAACGUCUUCAUGUCGAUUUGAACUGUUGAAUCUUAGUUUAUUUAUGCAUUAAUCCUCAAUUUCUGCAUUAAGACGUUUUCAAGUACCAUUCAUUGACUGUUUGGCUUUCAGAAUCCUGUGAUGACAGUUACUGCCGUAAUGUGUUGUUGCAUAUGUUGUAGAUAGCGCGUCAGUACAAAAAUAUUUACAUGGCCAAACAGCCGACAAAUGGCAAAUGAAAAUUGCCUAACUGCAAAACUGUGCAACAGUACAUAAAUAAUCUAAAAUCAUGAGCUAAACAUCACCUGCAAUCAUUCAUUGGUACUGUGUACCCGACUUCAAAGAUGAACAAUAUUUAGGACUGAGUAACAAGUAAAGCAUUUUUGUUCUAAUGACUUUUGUUUAUUUCUAACUAUUUUUUGGCUUACUGGCCCAUUUUCAGAAAACAACUGACUAGCAGCAGGUGUGCCCUCAUAAACUUUAGCAUUCUAACCAUAUACCUUGUAAUACUGUAAUAUUAUGUAUUUUAACUAUUUAUUGCGUUUAAUAUUGUCCAUUGUGUAAACUGUCAUUUACAUUGUGCCAGUGUCUUUUAUUUUCUUAUCUAACAAUUAGUGUCCCUUGCGGACGCUACUCAGUUGUUUGCUGAAGAUGGCCCUUAAGCUGAAAACUAUUUAGAAACAUACAAAAAACAGCUUAUAUGUUAUUCAGCCCCAAAUAUGGAACUGUUUAACCAAGACGUGUUGGAAAAUUUCAGAAACAAAAUAAAUCGCAAUAUUCCUCAGUUACAAUUUCAGUUGUGUCUAUCAUGAAGAUAACUAUAAAUACUAUUUGUAAUUUGCAAACUGAAUGAUGAUUUUGUUUUGAACUAAACAUGUUCCAUUUAUUUAUAUUA